AUGUGGGGAUUAUGAAGGAUAUGGAGUUGGAUGCUUACAGAUUAUCUAUUUCAUGGUCCAGAUUAUUACCAAAUGGAACAUUAAGUGGUGGCGUUAACAGAAAAGGAAUUGAUUAUUACAACAAUCUCAUCAAUGAACUCCUACGCAAUGGUUUAAAGCCGUUUGUAACACUCUUUCAUUGGGAUGUUCCCCAAGCUUUAGAAGAUGAAUAUGGUGGUUUCUUAAGCCCUCGUAUUGUCGAUCAUUUUAAAGACUAUGCAGAACUUUGUUAUAAGGAAUUUGGUGAUCGAGUCAAGCACUGGUUCACGGUAAAUGAGCCAUAUACUUUUAGUAGCAUGGGUUAUGCUGUUGGGACUCUAGCACCGGGACGCUGCUCUUCUUGGCAAAAUCUAAACUGCACCGGUGGAGAUUCAGCCAUUGAACCAUACUUGGUGACACACCACAUUCUUCUUGCUCAUGGAGCAGCUGUAGAAUUGUACAAGAAUAGAUAUCAGGCAUCUCAGAAAGGCUUGAUAGGAAUAACAUUGGUGACAUACUGGUUUGAGCCUGCUUCGGAGUCAAAGCAAGAUAAAGAUGCUGCCUUACGAUCUUUGGAUUUUAUGUUUGGAUGGUUUUUGGACCCGUUAACAAGUGGUGACUAUCCACACACCAUGCGAUCAAUUGUUGGAAAAAGAUUGCCAAAAUUCACAAAAGAACAAUCCAAGUUGCUAAUCGGAUCGUUUGAUUUUCUUGGAAUAAAUUAUUAUACUGCUAGAUACGCAACUAGUACACCGAAGAACAAUUCACUACAGGCAAGCUUCGUAACAGACCCUCAAGCUGAUCUUACAACUGAGCUUAAUGGAGUACUUAUUGGUCCACAGACUGCUUCAGAUUGGUUAUAUGUAUAUCCAAAAGGAAUUCACGAUCUUGUGCUCUACACAAAGGAAAAAUAUAAUGAUCCACUCAUUUAUAUUACUGAGAAUGGUGUAUCAGAGUUGAAUAAUCCAGAACUAUCACUUGACAAGGCUCUUCAUGAUACCAAUAGAAUUGACUACCACUACCGUCACCUAUGUUACCUUCAAGCGGCGAUCAAGUAAGUAGUUAUUAACAAAUUAAUUAAGGCUAUAUACUGCCUAGCCUUCUUAAGUUAUUGUUAUUUAAUCAUUAUAUUGACCUAAUCCAUUUGAACAUUUGUGUAUUUGUGUGCAGAAAUGGUGCGAAAGUGAAGGGAUACUUUCCAUGGACAUUGUUGGAUGACUUUGAAUGGGAUUCUGGAUACACCGUCCGAUUUGGUUUAAACUACGUGGAUUAUAAUGACGGGCUAAAAAGACACCCAAAACUCUCAGCACAUUGGUUCAAAAAUUUGCUUAAGAAGAGUUGAAGGAAUUAAAAGAAAUUUAUUGUUGAUUAUAAACAUUUAAGUGGAUAAUUGUCCUUUUUAUGUAUUUGUAUUUCAAUUCCUUCCGCAUUUGUAUUUCCUUUCAAUAAUGUAAGUAUUCUUUGAGAUUCAAUAAUUCAAUAAA